AUGGGUUUCUCGACGAUCGAGUUCGACAAGUACAAUCCCGCCUCCGAGAAGGCGAGUGAUGCCCGCCAGGACCUUGCGCAUCUCGACUACUCCCCGCUCAAGCGCAUCACCGGGCGGUCAUGGGCAAUGGGCAUUCUCAUUUCCAUGGGUGGCAUGGUCUUCGGAUACGACACCGGUCAGGUCUCCGGAUUCUUAGAGAUGCCCGACUUCCUUGAUCGAUUCGGCGAGCAUGGGGCCGAUGGUCCAAGUUUCAGCAACGUCCGCUCCGGCUUGAUUGUCGGUCUCCUCUCCAUCGGUACCCUCAUCGGCGCUCUCGUCGCCGCUCCCAUUGCAGACAGGUUUGGGCGCAGGUAUUCGAUCUCGUUUUGGUGCAUCAUCACCUCCAUUGGUUUCGUUAUCCAAAUUGCCGCCGAGAGAGCUUGGGAGCAAAUCAUGGUCGGCCGUCUCGUUGCCGGCUUUGGUGUUGGUGCUCUCAGUCUUAUUGUGCCUAUGUUCCAAGCCGAGACCGCUCCGCCAUGGAUUCGUGGCGCACUCGUUUGCGCCUACCAACUCUUCAUCACUCUUGGCAUUUUCCUUGCCGCUUGCUUCAAUUAUGGUACCGUCACGCAUCAGGAAAACAGCUCCGCAUCUUGGAGGAUCGUCAUUGGCCUCGGCUGGCUGUGGACUAUCAUUCUUGGUGUCGGUAUUCUGGCUUUUCCCGAGACUCCCCGUUUCAACUACCGCAUUGGUAAGGUCGAUGAGGCCAAGCGCACCCUCUGCCGUGUCUACGGAGCCCCGGAGAACCACUACGCGAUUCACGUCCAGCUCGAGGAGAUUGAGAGCAAGCUCCGCGCCGAAUCGCAGAUCAAGGGUAGUGCUGCCAGCGAGUUCACUGGCAUGUUCAAGGCGCCUCGCAUGGCUUACCGCAUCGCGCUAGGCAUGUUGUUGCAGAUGUUCCAACAGCUCACUGGCGCCAACUACUUCUUCUACUACGGUACUACCAUUUUCGCCUCCGUCAAUAUCAACUCCUUCAUCACUCAGAUCAUUCUGAACGCCAUUAACUUCGGUACGACGUUUAUCGGUCUCUAUAUUGUCGAGCAUUACGGCCGUCGCAAGUCUCUCAUCACUGGAGCCCUGUGGAUGUUCAUUUGCUUCAUGAUCUUUGCCUCUGUUGGCCACUUCAGCCUCGACCUCAACAAUCCACAAAACACCCAGGGCGCUGGCAUCGCACUUAUCGUGUUCGCUGCUCUCUUCAUUCUCGGCUUCGCUACAACGUGGGGACCUAUGAUCUGGACUAUCCAAGCCGAGCUUUUUCCCUCUCGAUACCGCGCCAAGGCAAUGGCACUUUCCACUGCCAGCAACUGGACUUGGAACUUUUUCAUUGGAUUUUUCUCCCCAUUCAUCACCAAGGCCAUUGACUUCCGUUAUGGUUACGUCUUUGCCGGAUGUAACCUCGUCGCCGCUGCACUUGUGUACUUUUUCGUCAUCGAAGGUCAGGGCCGAACCUUGGAGGAGAUUGACACCAUGUAUCUUGAGCGUGUGACACCUUGGAAGAGUACUCAAUGGGUACCGCCUUCUGCUGAGGAGAUGGCCAAGAUCCGCAAGCAAGCCGGUACAGAACUCGAUGCAAGCGCGAGCGAUGGUGCCGGCCACGGCGAGAAGGGUGAGGCCUUGAGGCCGAAGGACACACAGAACGGUGCUGCGCACGAGGAGAGAGUUUAA